GGGCGGGUCCUAAACGUGGAGGUGGGAUUUUAGCCACCGUCCAUCUUCAGCUACAUUACAGUGAGCGAGCCAGUCGAAAAGAAAAUAUAUUUUGGAAGUAAAGAAGAUUUUCUGGAAUUAGUUUUGGCUUUAUUUGAAAUAAGACAAACGAAAGCCCAUACCCUAGACGGAAUGUGGAAAUUGCCGUAGUCAGAGCCAUGGCUGAUAAAAGAAAACUACAAGGUGAAAUUGACAGAUGUUUGAAAAAAGUAGCGGAAGGUGUUGAACAGUUUGAGGACAUCUGGCAAAAACUCCACAAUGCAGCUAAUGCGAACCAGAAGGAAAAAUAUGAAGCUGACCUCAAGAAAGAGAUUAAAAAAUUACAGCGAUUGAGAGAUCAAAUAAAAACAUGGGUGGCCUCGAACGAAAUCAAAGACAAACGGCAGCUAGUAGAGAACCGAAAACUAAUAGAGACGCAAAUGGAGCGGUUCAAAGUGGUGGAACGUGAAACAAAAACAAAAGCCUACUCUAAAGAAGGCUUAGGACUUGCUCAGAAGGUGGAUCCAGCUCAGAGGGAAAAGGAGGAAACGGGACAGUGGUUAACAAAUACAAUAGACACACUAAAUAUGCAGGUGGAUCAGUUUGAGAGCGAAGUGGAGUCACUUUCAGUCCAGACGCGAAAAAAGAAGGGUGACAAAGAGAAGCAAGAUCGCAUUGAUGAACUAAAGCGGUUGAUUGAGAGGCAUAGAUACCACAUUCGCAUGUUGGAAACUAUUUUACGGAUGCUGGACAAUGACUCUGUACCGGUGGAUGCUAUCCAGAAGAUCAAGGAUGAUGUUGAGUACUACAUUGAUUCCUGUCAAGACCCGGACUUUGAGGAGAACGAGUUUCUGUAUGACGACUUAGACCUGGAAGACAUCCCUCCAGCAUUAGUCGCCACGUCUCCAUCAGGCAACGUGGAAGAUGACAUGUAUCUCCACUCUAGCAGCACUCCCACCUCAACAACAUCUUCUUCGCCCAUCCCUCCAUCUCCGGCCACUUGCACUGCUGAGAACUCAGAGGACGAUAAGAAAAGGGGACGGUCGACAGACAGUCAAGUUAGUCAGUCGCCUGUGAAGAACGGUGCCCCAUCUUUGCAAUCUUCCUUCUCUUCUUCCGCCACCUCCGGGUCCUCUUCUUCCUCCUCCCUCUCCAUGGCGAGCGUCGUUGGAGGCAUUCCCGCCAUUCCCACCAGCAGUCUCAUAGGAAGUUUCAGCAGCGCGGUACAGCAACAUCAGCAUCAAUCUGCACAACAGCAGCAACAAUCUCAGCCGUCGAAUCCGUCGCAGCAGCAGCCGCCUCAAACAAAACCGUCAGCUCCCUCAAACAACAACAACCCCAGCCCACCUAGCAACCCACUUCUCCCAGCAUCCACAGCCCCGUCACUCUCCACGCCCAGCACACCCAGUUUAACAGCUCCCAACUCCCAGUCCAGCCCUGGGCCGACCCCAGCGUCCAGCUUAGGACUGGGGCUGGGCUUGGAUUUAAGAAAAGGCGGCAUGAGCGGGACCAGCAGUGCCAACCAGAUGCCGAGUUUAGGCCUGGCUGGCCACAGCACUCCUUUAAACACAAUGGCCGGUCUGAUUCAAGGCUCCACGUCGGCCCUCUACGCGCACGCGGCGGCGUCUGGGAGCCUGGGUCUGAGCAGUACCACUCAGUCCAGCAUUUUGCCGGAGAGUAGCACUUCCAUCUCCAAUUCGAGUUCCAGCGGGGUCACCACCAACGGAGCGGGGUCAGGGCUCAGCUUGCUGGGCUCCAGCCCAGCCCACAACUCUCUCACUGGUAGCAUCCUGGGUCUGGUCCCUGGGCAGAGCGUGGCCCCUGCCACAUCACAGGUGCCCCCAAGUCCUGCCAGCUCCGCCCCCGGGUCCGUUAGCAUGAUGGUAGGAAAUGGAGGGAACGCCGGUGUGGUCGGAGUGAACGCCGCUCCCGCCAGACCGCCGAGCGGACUGAAGCAGAACGGAAGCCCAAGUUACAGCGCUGUAGUGGCAGAGAGCUCCACAGAAUCAGCUCUAAGCACACUGAGCCAGUCACAGAGCAGCCAAACCUCGUCACUCAGUUCCUCAACCAGCCAGCCGAUGGACAACGGCCCCAGCUUAAUCAGCUCCAUCACACUGCCCCCCAGCUCUCCCUCUCCCUCCUUCUCAGACAGCACACCGGGCGGAGGGAGCCUCCUCAACGGGCCCCACUCGUAUCCGCAGGCCUCUGAGGGCCUCAAGGCUCCGGAGCCCCUCAGCUCUCUGAAGGCGAUGGCUGAGAGAGCAGCGCUGGGAUCAGGAUUAGACGGAGAGAUUUCCAACAUGCAUGUAAACGAUAUCUUCUCUGGUUCGUCGGCAGCACCCGGCACAACUGCCGCUCCUCAGCAGUCCGUGUCGGAGGUCAGCAUCCCCCCCUCGCUCGGGGUCUGUCCUCUGGGCCCGACCCCUCUCUCCAAAGACCAGCUGUACCAGCAGGCCAUGCAGGAGGCGGCGUGGACACACAUGCCACACCCUUCUGACUCCGAGAGGAUCAGGCAAUACCUGAUGAGGAAUCCCUGCCCUACUUUGCCAUACCACCAUCAAGUCCCACCGCACCACUCUGACACCAUCGAGUUCUACCAGAGGCUGUCCACAGAAACUCUCUUCUUCAUCUUCUACUAUCUGGAGGGCACCAAGGCUCAGUAUCUAUCUGCCAAGGCUCUGAAGAAACAAUCAUGGAGGUUUCACACCAAGUACAUGAUGUGGUUUCAGAGGCAUGAAGAGCCCAAGACGAUCACUGAUGAGUUUGAACAGGGCACUUACAUUUACUUCGACUAUGAGAAAUGGGGCCAGAGGAAAAAAGAGGGGUUCACCUUUGAGUACAGGUACCUCGAGGACAGAGACUUGCAGUGACACACACAGAGGGACGCAAAAGGACAGAGAAAAACAAAACGUGCUGCUGUUGACAUUCCGAGACUGAACUCCAAACUGUGGAUAGAGAUUGUGAUGUGUAGUAGAAACCCUCUCCCGACACGGAGACCGGUGUCUGUAUAGGCUGCAUCUCAAUGUGAAGCCCUAGCUCCUCGUGUAGUGCUUUUUCUUUUUCGACAAAAAAAACAAAACAAACAAAAAAAAACACCCUGUGGGUCCGAUCAAAUGUUGCCAUGCUGCACGAGCUGGGAAGGCUCCCGUUGGAGAUCCGCGUCUGUGUUCACACUCAGUAUGUGGCAUCAGGAAAAGCCUGCCCAACCCUCCCUACCCCCCAUGCAUGUUUCUCAUAUAAUUUUUUUUUUUUUUUUUCCGUUUCAACAAUGAUUCUCUGUACCACCUGCCCAACAUGAGCCUGGAAGCCUUUUGACUCGACACAAAACAAACCUUGGAUUAGAUUGUUAUGGUGCCCAUCUUGUAUUUUCUGUAAUUUGGUGGUUUAGAACGGGGACGUUCAGUGGACAUUUAGUGAUGGUGUGUAGGAACGGCUUCUUUUAAGACCCUACAAUGCCUGUUGAAUAUGGUCACUAUUGAAGAUAGUGAGUGCUUAUCAAUAGUUUUAUUGAUAUUGUCUUGGUCGAUUAAAACGUGAUUGAGAGUGACCACAGGGCCUCUCCCUGUGUAAGGGAAAGAGUCCUUAUUGGACAUGGAUUAAAUUGCUAUGCAAUUGAACUGGUCUCUGACUCUCUUUACAAAUAAAAUGUUUUUAAGUUAACCUCUCGAAGAUAUUAUGGCGCCUUCAUGUUUGUGAUGACGUAAUAAACAUGUAAAAUAAAUCUUAAUAUUAGGGUUUGAGAUAUUUUAUCUGCUUGAACUGUUUGACUCUUUCACCAUCAGCAAUUUCUAUACAAAAAAACAACACACAUUUCAGAGUGUACACAAUGCAGCUAUGGGUGCCUCUCAACAAAUCAGAGUAAAACUGAGAACAUAUAAGCCGAGUGUUUCUGGUCAUUUUCUAUGAUCUAAUAUUCAGUUUCUCAGAAGUUUUAAUACAGAAAUGUUGGUAUGUACCGUACAGUAUUUGCUUUAAUUACUGGAUUAAUGCGGCGUGGCAUGGAGGUCAUCUUCUCCAUGGUAAAACUCAACAGAUACUCUUGAGGUUUAUUUAGGCUAGGUCAGUGAUAGCAUGGUUAAUAAACAAAUUAUUGGUAUUCCUUUCAGUAUGGACACUGCAAAAAUACAGUCUUACUAAUUAUUUUUUCAUAUAGUUUCUUUUGUACACUCUAAGACAAAAAUAAGUUUUCAAUAAGAAAUAGGUGCUUAUUUUAGCACCUAUUGAAACAGUACUUUAAGUAAAGUACUAGUUUCACUGGCAGAUUAUAUCACUUAUAGCUAGCAAGUUUUAGUAAGAUUUUGUGUUUUUGCAGUGUAUAAAGUCCUAAAAUCUCCUGGUAGACAGUUACUGUUUGUGGCUUAUCCUAUGAUUGUGCUGGUUAUAUUUCUGUAUUAAAAAUCUCUAUUGGUCUCAUGUAAUAUCCUAAUUUUCUGAGAAACUAAACAUUGGGUUUCCAUUUGUUCUAAGCCAUAAUCAUGAAAAUUACAAGAUGAGUUUCACUUUUAUAAUAACCCUUUGAGUUCUAGUCUAAGUUAUUGAGAUCCACCUGUCAUAUCUUUAUCAAACAACAAAAUAGACUUGGAUCAAGUUCUCCCGUUUAAUCCUCAAACUCACUUUGUUUAAUUUACCACCUGAUAUUUAAGUUUAACCCCUAUACAGUGAAUGUACACUGAUACAACUGUUUACAUGUAGAGUUUAAAUAUAGAAAUGCUAAAAUAUUGGCGGUAUUUUUAACUAGUGGGUUGAUCUCAAGCUUGUCUUCAUGUGUUACUCUGCAUCAACAUUUCCAUUCAAACAACCAUGAGAGCUCCGCAUCUGUACUGCACUUAACAUUGUGUAUGAUUUCGUUCUCUUGACAGGCAGGUGAAAGAAGGGGAAAUGCAAGAUGCUGAGGUCUGUCUUUUAUAGAUUAUAUUUUUGGGGGACUUUUAAGGUUUUUUGAAAGGGAAAGGUCAGUAUAGAAGCCGCCUAAAAUGUGAAUUUUAAAAGCAAUUUCUCGUUACAAUUCUGCAUGGGAGAUGUCAAAACUGGGGUUAUAAACGAUUGUAAAAGUUCAAUAAACACUUUUAAGAAAUAACA